AUGUCGUUUCUUUGAUUGAUCGGAUCGCUCGCUGGCUGAAUACGGCGAGGUCGGUGGUGAGAAAGGCGUUGAGUCCUUGGACUCGAGCUUCAAUCGCUCAGGAAGUUUGUAGAUCGCACCUAGUGUUGGGGGACGGCGGCAGAGGGUUCCAUUUGUCAACACUCUGCACCGCGCUGGGCGCAGCCCCAAUCAGGUGAUGUUUAUCGCUGCGGCAUUGGAACAGAAGGCAUGUUUUCCGCUUUCCGUCGCCAAUGCCCGCUAGCAUGUAACACCAAAGUAAGUGCUGCGAGAAGCAGUUUGAAAAAAAACUUGCUUCUUCCUGCGUUCAUCUGAUCCGCGUGCUCCUGCGCUAGGGACAUCGUGAUAGUGUCGAGCUACCGUGCAUGUUGUGCCGUGCAUGCAGCACGCUGCAAAACAUCCUCCGCUCUUUGUAGAUAGCGACGAUGGCUGUGGAUAGCGUGGAGCAGAUGGAUGAGAUUUGCAUCAUUCUUCCAACUGGCCAGAAAAAGUUCGUCUCUGGUCUGGCGUACGACACUCGCUGCUCGGAUAUAGUCGCUGCUGUGCUGGAGUCUGUUGAGCUGCCAGAUAUGCCGCUUCUCUACCUUUGGGAGUGCUGGCAAAGCUCGUCGCGACUCGUAAAGGAUGACGAACCAGUGCUCCCCCUGCUCGCACAGUGGGGCGAGUUUGUCGGAGAUGUGCGCUUCGAGCUGCGCCCGUUAUCCUGCGUCGAGGCGCGCAGCGUGCGCUGGCGUCGAUCGGUGGAGCGGUCGAGACGGCGGCUGGCGCUCGGCGUGAAGCAUCGCAGGAAGCAACAGCAGAGCGUGCGCUACGCGUCGCGACACGUGUGGCGAUGUGUGCAGCGGUGCAGGUCUGCGUACUGCCCUGUACGCGAAAUGCGGGAAUCGCUGGCUGAAUCGUGGGGGCUAGAGGAGGAAAGACUGCAGGCGAAGAUCGACAGUCUCAUUAAUCAGGAAAGGGAACAGCUGAAGAGAAUACAUGAGAUGUUUGACGAAGAGUUUGCCCUGCAAGAAGAAAUAGUAGACGCAGAGGGUGUGAUUCAGCUGAUACCGUACAACGAAGAUGACGACGACUUGUUGGAACUAACGGCCAGUCCAAGGGACCUGGCCUUGGACACCGCAGACCCAGCCGUAGCAACGGCGGCGACUGACCUUCAGGACUCCGCUCAAGCGUUAAGAGACGAAAUUGCUGCGCUGCACGAGCAGAUCAAAGUGGAGACGGAGGCGCUCGCACACGGCCAACUCCAGCUGGCCUCCCUGGGCGACGAGAUAGUCGCCGUGGACGACGACUUGCGAGUGGCGUCCAAGGCGGCGCGGAGAAUGAAUGAUGUCAUGCUCGACGCGGUGAGGGAACGGACGGGUGAGCUGUCGCUGGAGAGUAAUGAAGGCGGUGAUAGCAGUGACGGUCUCCGAAUACCUACUCAACAUCUAACCGCGGUGAACGGCGAUACACCAGCCAAGGUGAACCCAGUCAACGAUGCUAUCGCCAAGGCAGUCCCGGUCAACGAUACGCUUGCAAAGAUGACCCCGGUCAACGAUAUGCUUGCAAAGAUGACCCCGGUCAACGAUACAAUAGCGAAAGCAAUGCCAGUGGAAACUGCAACGGCAACUGUGGUUGCAGUCGAGGGCACAGCGCCGAUUACAGCCGCAGUUCGAACAUCGCCAUCGUCCUCGCCACCACCAGCAUCACCGCCUACAGAACGACCUCCUCCGCCGAGACGCUCGUCAUCGCACGAGAAAUUCCGUCUCUUGCAGGAGCGACAGGGCAAGAAGGCAGCAGCACUGAUGACAUCAUCCAUUGUACCAUCAGUGACAUCAUCAAUGACAUCGUCAAGACCGGAUUCCAGCAGCAGCAGCAGCAGCAGCGGUACUUCGGUCUCUCUGAAUGAUUCUGGCAGAGGCAGUGGCUGCAACGAGGGGCAGGCGGGGACAAUGGCGGCAGUCGUUGGCGUAAGGCCGGCCGCCGGACACAGCACUUCUACUAGCAAUGACAAACAUCUCCAGGAGCAGGAAGAGCAAUCGUACACACACGUAGAUAGUCUAAUACUCCAUCAGGGCCGGCACCCAGCUCAGAAUGCCAACAAACGGAAGCAAUCGGCUAGCAGUAAUAGUAAGGAUAACGCGCCGCCGUCUGACGCAACCACCGCCGCUAGCAGUGCCCCACAUCCCGCUACCAACACCAGGCCAUCACCAGCGUCAGACACAGCCGCAGUCCGACCGCGGUUAUAUGCCGACGCCAGUGGCAGCAAGCAGGCAGCAGCGACGGCGAACGCCGUCACCAGCAGCAGUAGUGGAAGCACGCCUUCUGCCGAGACGAGCCGUAGAGCGAACAGACCUCCUCUAGUGAACCAACGCCCUGUCACUACAACUACCACUACUGCUGAUGUGACUUCUACCACUGCCAAGACGACAGAGCACAAAAAGACGCUGCCGAUACCGUCGCAGAAGAGCCGAGCAGCGUUUAGCGCACAGUACGCGCUCAGAGCGUCAGAAUACGGCGCUGACCUGGAGUACGACGAGGAUGACGGAGUGAACGGAAGUUUGGUCUAGUCUUGCUCGGCAUUACCGACUGUGUGGGGUUGAGUGUCCUGCUGUCUGGCUACACUGGUCAGAACCGUGUGUGUGUGUGUGUGUGUGUGUGUGUGCACGCACGCUUGAGUUUGUGUUCUGUUAUAUUUGAAUGUGUGGUUCACCGGGUCAGUCUCUCUCUCCCUCUUUCUCUCCCUCUCUCUGUCUCUCUCUCUCUCUCUCUCUCUCUCUCUCUCUCUCUCUCUCUCUCUCUCUCUCUCUCUCUCUCUCCUGCUCUACGUUGCCCUGGAUACAUAUAUAUCUCCGGAGAUAAUCCCUACUCUAUAGACCUUGUUGCCAAGGUUAUGCGACUAUGGCACAAUAUCAUUCGUUGUGGAGUUGACGCAACAUUCUGAAGUAUGAUCGCUACAAUAUGUCCACGGUUUUGUGCCGAAAUCAUACCAUUUCCUCGCCAAACCCUUGAUUUUGAGCCGCCGGCCCACACGCAGUAUUUCGUCACAGGCGUCCAACAAAUCAUUCCAGUGGUCAUCUAUUUAUUCGCCACCAGUCAUACUAUCUCACUACCAUGCACCCCUCUCGGGGGGCCCUUGCUUGCUUAUUAGUGCAUCCAUAAGCAGCAGUUCAGUGUUGAUGAUCCUUUUUAGCGGUAUUUUAGUAACGGGUUUUAUUCCCGGUUUUGUUGAGCGGAUGCAGUAUCUGAAUGUUGAUUGUCUAUGGCAGCUAUUCUGCUGAAUUCAUCUCACAAGAGCAUCACCUUCACAGGGAAGCUAAGUUAUUGUAUUCAGUCAAGUACCUCAAGUGUUUCGAUACGACUACAGACUUCA